CAACCCCAAUUGACCCGCCAAUAUCUUGCAUGCGAAAUGCGAAAGAUCUUGCUUGCGUCCCUCCUUUACCACUCACUAACGGGACGAAGUAUCUAGCUAGCUAGCUAGAGAUCCAUAGCAUUACAAGAAACCAUUCAAGUUGCCAUAGAGUGCUUAUAGUUACUUUUGUACAUCAGAGGACUCCAGAAAGAAACCACCAUCAUGCCUGAACCCACUCCGUUGCAAUUGCAGGCGUGUGGAGCCUGCGGCAAAAGUGCUGGUGAAGACCUGAAGUUGAAACGGUGCUCGGCUUGCAAAUAUGUGUCCUAUUGCAAUGCCGAUUGCCAAAAGAGUGCCUGGAAAUCGCACAAGAAAAUCUGCGAGAAGCAUAAAUUUUCCAAAGAACUCCUUGAUAUUCUUGACUCGUCCCCUACCGGUGAGGCCAUUGACUGGACACCAGAGACGGAAUGCCCCAUCUGCAUGGUACCCAUGCCUCACGAUGGCCGAAAUAUCAAUUAUUCCGUCUGUUGUGGAAAAAUGACUUGUCAAGCCUGCUUUACGCAACAUUCCCAGGCGGCCAUGAAGAAUCGUACCACUCCCCCCACUUCUUUGUUCGAUAUGAUGCCUCCCUGUAGUUUUUGCCGUCAUCCGGUCCCUCGAAGCAACGAGGAGAGAUUGACGCUUCUCAAAGCUAGAAUUAAACUUGGGGAUGCCCAUGGCAUGGAAACCAUGGCUGGUAGUUUCCUUAAUGGAGCAGGUGUCGUAAAGGAUGAGUACGUGGCGUUUCGAUUGCUGAAACAGGCUGCUGACCAUGGUUCGGCUUCCGCGGCGAGAAUGGCAGGGCAAUUCUAUGAGUUAGGCAACGCGGGUGUUCCCAAAGAUUUGGAAAAGGCCAAAGAGCUAUACAUAAUGGGGGCCGAGGGUGGAAAUUCUCUUUCCCGAACACAGCUGGGUAUGUUCGAGAUCAAACAAGAAAACUACGUGGAAGGCAUUGCACACCUCAAAAUUGCCGCUGCCGCAGGCCAUGACCUGGCGUUGGAUACUCUCAAACAGGGACGAGGACUUGGUUUUGUCAGUGAAGAGGAGGUUUUGGAGUCUGCCAAAGCACUCCAUGCCGCCAAGGAGGUUAUUGAGAGCGAUGCCAGAAAGGCAAUCCAUCCCAUGAUGCGAAAUAUGAUGGAUGACAAAGAUGUCACUUCAAGCGUGAACGCGACACUUGAUAAGCUGGGAUGAUACAAAUGAGGCUACUAGAGAGCGACAUAGAAUAGCCAAUGGAUGCGGAGUAGAGGUUGGAAAUGCUGUCCAUUGAAGCAGCAGUGCCAAUGAAGGAAACUAGCUGGCAGAGAAGUUGCCUUUGUCAUAAAUAAUUAAUGUACCGUACUACUCACAAUGAGUUGAUUCGGCCAAGCUUGGUGACUCAUAAUGACAUAUGGCUCUAGAAAUUUGCAUGUUUAUCUAU